AUGAAAGACAAUCCUGAAUCAACGUAUAUUAAUAUGUCUGCAUAUGUUGCAUUAUCAUGUUUAAUUGCUUUUAUUAUUGUUAUAACAAUAUGUCUCGUCAAACAAUUCAUCUGGGAUCCAUUGUUAUCGAAACGUUUUGAAGUUCUUCGGCCAGUUUUAUCCGAAUCUGUACGUAAAUUUUCGACAUCAUUCUAUCGUGCAUCAUCUAUAACAAUACCAAGCUCGCCUGUAGAUAAAUCAAUGUCACAAUCAUGUAUUAAACAAAGUGAACCUCCAUUAUUAACAAAUAACAAUUUUAUAACUGUGCGACAAAAUUUGCCUUCAACUGAUAAUCAAUUAUAUUCAAUAACGACAACAUUUCCUCGUCGUUCGUACGGUUCAUCAUCAUUCAAUUCGUUUGCAUAUACAAAUCUUGGUGCAGAAGAUUUACAAGAUGAAAAACUACAUAUCUAUCCAACAUUACAUUUUAGUUGUGAAUAUAAUCCAUCGACAUUCAGUAUUCGAUUGAAUGUACAAAAUUUGCGUAAUAUGAAUUCCUUAUUAACAUUGUUUGACAAUACAAUCAAUAGAAGUGCCUAUAUGUUUUUAAGAUUUGUUCUAUCGACAACCAUAGCUGGCGAACCGUAUGAAACUUCAUUACAAAAUUUUCAAGAUUUUAUACGUUUCGGUGAAACAUUUAACAUAUUAAGUAAUAUUAGAGCCGGCGAUAUACUUAAUUGUCAAAUAAAAUUUUUUCUCAUGUUAUUAACGGAUAAAGAUAUGUAUGAAUUAGGGGAAGCUAAUUAUUCAAUGAAAGAUGAUCAAUUAACACAUAUUUUAUAUAUCGAACGAAUACUACCUAUUCGUGUAGGAAAAAAAUUAAAAUCAGCUACAAGUGACGAUAAUAAUGAACACAAAUGA